GAAGAAAUUUGUAUUUCCAGUUGAAUUUCAGAAUGGCAUCCAUUUCAGCUCUAACCGAGGAACUGGAUUCUGUAACCAAUGAGCUACAUGCAGUUGACAUUCAGAUUCAAGAACUUAUGGAAAGGCAGCAGGAGCUUAUUCAGAAAAAAACAGUCCUAACAAAGAAAAUAAAGCAGUGUUUAGAAGAUUCCAGUGCUGGGGCCAGCAACGAGUGUGAUUCUUCACCUGCUGCUUGGAAUAAAGAAGAUUUUCCAUGGUCUGGACGAGUUAAAGAUACUCUACAAAAUACCUUUAGACUGCAGAAGUUCAGGCAACUUCAGCUGGAAACUAUUAAUGCCACAAUGGCUGGAAAGGAGGUAUUUCUUGUUAUGCCUACAGGAGGUGGAAAGAGCUUAUGUUACCAGUUACCGGCAUUGUGUUCAGAUGGUUUUACUCUCGUGAUUUGCCCAUUGAUCUCUCUUAUGGAAGACCAGUUAAUGGUUUUAAAACAGUUGGGAGUUUCAGCGACCAUGUUAAAUGCUUCCAGUUCUAAGGAGCAUGUGAAAUGGGUUCAUGCUGAAAUGGUCAAUAAAAACUCCAAGUUAAAGCUAAUUUAUGUGACUCCAGAGAAAAUUGCAAAAAGCAAAAUGUUUAUGUCAAGACUAGAGAAAGCCUAUGAAGCUAGGAGAUUUACUCGAAUUGCUGUGGAUGAAGUUCACUGCUGUAGUCAAUGGGGACAUGAUUUCAGACCUGAUUAUAAAGCACUUGGUAUCUUAAAGCGCCAGUUCCCUAACACAUCACUCAUUGGGCUGACUGCAACUGCAACAAAUCACGUUUUAAAGGAUGCUCAGAAAAUUUUGUGUGUUGAAAAGUGCUUAACUUUUACAGCUUCUUUUAAUCGGCCCAAUCUUUAUUAUGAGGUUCGGCAGAAGCCCUCAAACACUGAAGAUUUUAUUGAGGAUAUUGUAAAGCUCAUUAAUGGGCGAUACAAAGGACAAUCAGGAAUCAUAUAUUGUUUUUCUCAGAAAGACUCUGAACAAGUUACGGUUAGUUUGCAGAAUCUAGGAAUUCAUGCAGGUGCUUACCAUGCCAAUAUGGAACCAGAAGAUAAGACUAAGGUUCAUACCAGAUGGUCAGCCAAUGAAAUCCAGGUAGUAGUGGCAACGGUUGCAUUUGGUAUGGGAAUUGACAAGCCAGAUGUGAGGUUUGUUAUUCACCAUUCAAUGAGUAAAUCCAUGGAAAAUUACUACCAAGAGAGUGGACGUGCAGGUCGAGAUGACACGAAAGCAGACUGUAUUUUGUAUUACGGCUUUGGAGAUAUAUUCAGAAUAAGUUCCAUGGUGGUCAUGGAAAAUGUGGGACAACAGAAGCUUUAUGAAAUGGUGUCAUACUGUCAAAACAUAAGCAAAUGUCGCCGUGUACUGAUAGCUCAACAUUUUGAUGAAGUAUGGAACUCGGAAGCAUGUAACAAAAUGUGUGAUAACUGCCGCAAAGACAUUUCAUAUGAAAAAAAAAAUGUAACUGAGCACUGCAGAGAUCUCAUCAAGAUCCUGAAGCAGGCAGAGGAACUGAAUGAAAAACUCACUCCACUGAAGCUGAUGGAUUCCUGGAUGGGAAAGGGUGCAUCCAAACUGAGAGUGGCGGGUGUCAGUGCUCCUCUGCUUCCGCGUGAAGAGCUGGAGAAGAUGAUCGCACACUUUCUUCUACGGCAGUAUCUGAAAGAGGACUACAGUUUCACAGCAUAUGCUACCAUUUCGUAUUUGAAGAUUGGACCGAAAGCCAGUCUUCUGAACAGUGAGACGCAUGUUAUCACUAUGCCAGUGAAGAAGCCUGACAAGAACUGUUUCAGGGUUGAAGCAUCUCAAACUUGCCAUUCUGAACGAGCUGAUGAUAAAGGGGGACAAGAAAAUUCAGGUGACUUCCAGAAGAAGGCUGCAAACGUGCUUCGGCAGUCUGGUACUAAGAACACAGGGGCUAAGAAGAGGAAAAUAGAUGACGCCUGAGAUGAUGUUACUGUGCUUUCUGCAGCACAACCUGUAUAUUGGGAUGAAAAAAGCAAACAGCGUGCAUUCACUUUGUGUCACGUUACAACAGCCAGCAGGAAACUGUUCAACAGUGUCACUGGGGAGGAUCCCAAUGCAUGCAUUGAUUCUACAGGUGACGCUACACAGCAACACUGAUGCUAAGAACACCUUGUGACCAUACAAAUGUGUAGACUGUGGAGUAUGUUAAUGUGGCAUUAUGGUUUAAAGGUGUGAUUUUCCUUAUUUUUAAAUCAAGGAAAAAAACGUGCCUCAGAUUAAUGUACACAAGAUUAAAUAAGGUAGUUCAUUCUCAAACAUGCUAGCUCCUGGCUCCCCUUAGAAAGGAUAAAUCACAAAUAAAACUUAAAAAUAAAUCUGUAGUGUUUCUUCACUUCUUCAAUGUAAAAUAAUCUAAUGGUAAAACAGGUGCUUGGGUUACUGAAAAUUAGGAACAGCAAUCCUACAAGGUACUGCUCUGAGGGAAAUUAUAUAAUCUUAUUUAUAACACUGAUGAGCAAAAAAGGCAUUAAUCUGCUUCACUGUCUUACCUUAU